AUGCUCGCGACGACCCUCGCCCGCGCCGCGCCUGAACAAUGGACGGCAGUCACGGAGUUCGACGUCGCGGCGCACCUCGGGAACCUGUCCCCGUACAAGAAGGCCGCGGUGCCGCACGGGGUCGAGGCGGAGCUUCCGGACGACUGUGAGGUCGAGCAGGUCAUGCUGAUGCACAGGCACGGCUCGCGCUUCCCGCUCGCGUCGGAGCUGGUGUUCAUCACGGACCUGGUGGGCAAGCUCGCGAACUCGUCCGCGGCGAUUGCGAAGGCGCGCCUCCCCGCGGGCCUUGCGUUCCUCAAGGAUGGGUAUACGAGCACGCUUGGGCACGAUGACCUCACUGCCCCUGGUCGUAUGCAGCUGUUCGAGCACGGUGUCGACUUCCGUCUGCGGUACCCAGCGCUGAAGGUGGACGGGAUCCUCGCGGGCCUGCAGGACCGUGUUGUCGAGUCCGCGCAAUGGUUCGCGCAGGGCUACUUCGGCCGUAACUGGGCCACGCUGAACGCGACCGAGUUCUCGACGCUUGCAGAGGACACCAAAACUGUGUCCUGGAUCACGCCCAUGGACACCUGCGCGAAGUGGCAAUACGCGUUCGGCAACAACGCGACGAUCGAGUGGGGCAGCGUGUACCUGCCGCCGAUCGCGAAGAGGUUGAACAAGCUUCUGCCUGGGGUGAACUUGUCCACGGACAACGUUCACGGUGCGUUGUACGCGUGCGCGUACGACCUCGCCGCACUCGGCACGUCGCCCUGGUGCGGCGCGUUCACAGAUAGUGAGAUCGAGGACUUUGAGUACGAACUCGACCUGCUCAUGGACGGCGCGUUUGGGUACAACCUCCCAGGCUCUAUGGGCGAGGUGCUCGGGUCGCUGUUCGUUGGCAAGCUCGUCGAGCGGUUCACGAACUCGACCGGGGACGCUCAGCAGGUGUACCUCGAGUUCGGGCACGACACCACGAUCGACCUCGCCCUUACCGCCCUCGGCCUUGCGAAGGACACCAACGCGCUCUCCGCAAAAGGCCCGGUCCGCGCGUCCCGCAAGUGGCGCACGUCCGAGCAGGUGCCCUUCGCCGCGCAGAUGCGCUGGGAGAAGUUCAGCUGCAAGUCGUCCUUCGCAGCGGGCGUGCCGCAAGUACGGCUCGUGCUCAACGACGCGCCGCUGCCGCUCAUGAGCUGUGCGCACACGCGCGCGGACGCGCGGUUUGGCUCGUGCGCGCUCGCGGGCUUCACGAAGUCGUACGCGGCGAGCGCGGCGCGCAAGUUCGGGGAUGCGGCGUGGAACGCGACGUGCGGUCCGGCGACGCUCUGA